AAAUUUGUGUAUAGGUUGUUUUGUAAAUCCUUUUCUUCUUUUCCUCUCUCUCUCUCUCUCUCUCUCUCUUUUUUUUCUUUUUAUCUCCUUUUUUUAUCGUCUUCUCUUUUAUCUCUUUAUUGUUGUAUUUUAGCUAUAUACUUUCUUCAUUGCUUCACUUUCUUGCAAUCUCAUCAUCUAAACCCUCUAAAAAACAAUAUCAAACAAAACCAAGAACAACAAAGUAUGUCUGGCAACAAUAUCAAAGUCGUUUGUCGAUUUCGGCCUCAAAACAAACUGGAAAUACGAGAAGGAGGUGUGCCUAUCAUAGACAUAUCGGAAGACGGAACGGGUGUGUCUGUAAAAGGAAAAGACUCUAACUCGUUUUCAUUUGACAAAUGCUUUGGAUCCAACACAAGACAACAAGAAAUAUUCGAAUACUCCAUUAAAUCUAUUGUAGACGAUGUGGUUGCUGGUUAUAACGGCACUGUUUUUGCUUAUGGCCAAACAGGUUCCGGUAAAACAUUCACUAUGAUGGGAUCAAGUAUUGACGAUCCCGAAAAUAAGGGUAUUAUUCCCCGCAUUAUUGAGCAGAUCUUUGAAAGUAUACAAAUGGCUCCUGCUAAUAUGGAAUUUACGGUAAAAGUUGCUUAUAUGGAAAUCUAUAUGGAAAGAGUCAAGGAUCUUUUGGCUCCUGCAAAUGAUAAUUUACCUAUUCAUGAAGACAAAGUCAAAGGUGUCUAUGUCAAAGGCAUCAAAGAAGUGUAUGUAGCCGACACAAGUGAAGUUUAUGAUGUGAUGAGAAUUGGUGGUGAUAAUCGUGUAGUUGCAUAUACAAGUAUGUUAUGUCUAUCCAUGGUUUUAAACUAAUACUAUGAUUGCAUGAUAGACAUGAACGCUGAAAGUUCAAGAAGUCACUCUAUUGUCCUUGUUACCAUUACCCAAAAGAAUCUCGACACAGGCGCCGCAAAAAGUGGAA